GGCCGCCGCCCCGCCCCGGUCCCGCCGUGCCCCGCGCCCAUGGCCGCCCGGGGGCUGCUGCGGGCGGCGGGAGAUGCGUUCCGCGCCUCGGCCCGCGGCUACGCCAAGAAACCCGCCGCCAAGGCCAAAGGCAAGGGUGUGCCGAAGGAGAUGUUGAAGGGGCCGGAGGUGUGCACGGACCCCACCAUGCUCGCCACCCACGCUAUGGGGGUCAACUACUUCAAGGAGGGUCCGGAGGUGGCCCUGAAGCCCGACUCCGAGUACCCCGACUGGCUCUUUAAGAUCCACCUUGGGCCCCCCAAGAAGCUGGAGGAGCUGGACCCCGACUCGCUUGAGUAUUGGAGACGCCUGCGGAAGUACAACACAUGGCAGCGCAACAGGUUGAAGAAGGGCAAGAAGCUGUAGGUGCUGCUGAGUUUGGGGCUUCCCCAUGUGCCAGCACUGGGACCUGCCCUGGCUUUUGGUCUCUUCUCUUUGCUGUAAAUAAGAAAUAAAUCUCUGGUGAGGCUGA